AUGGCCCAAAUUUCGCCCCGUCGCAAGCGCGCCAAGCUCUCUGACCAGCAAGAGAUCGAAGAGGAAGCCAGCAUCCUGUCGGUGACUCCUCCGUUGAAGGCCGAGUUCCAAGAUCUUAACAUUAAAGCAUUUCUCUCCAACGUUACCUAUCUUAUAGGAGUCCAAGACAACGACCAGAUCUUUAAAGAUACUUUUGAGGCAAGCUUUAUCAAUACACAAGAUAUUGAGACCAUCAAUGGCGUGCCAUCAACUCUCAAAAAGUUUUUUGACUUCCUCCAGACGUUUCGCUCGACACUAAAGGAUCGCUUCUUGUUAAACCAGCAAUUCGUUGUAGUCCCCUCAGACAGCAGUGGGGAACUGGAAGCUGGAAGUGUGGCGCAUUCUGUACAGCUUAUUGGCUUCACGCAAACGGGGGGAAAGAAAGCGAAAGCGAAAGCUACUAUUGUUGCUUUGGUUACAAUCCAAGUUAUUAACUGCCGACAACAAAUUGUGUUAGAAAGCUUUAUAGAAAAGUUAGAAGAGCUUUGA